ACAUUAGCUUGGGACAAUAUCAACUCUAUACCAUACUACAAGGGUCACAAAUACAGCCUUAUCAGAUUAAAUGAAAAUUUGAAAGAGAAGAAAGGGCGGAAGAAAUGGGAAAUUGUCAGCAUCAAAAAUACUUCUAACAUAAUUGGUGAAACUGAAAUGGUUCCCUUGGGUUCCUCUAUGGCUACAGGCCGACGAAAUUGGACCCUAGCAAAAGAAGUCUGUUCGCUGAGAGUGAUUCCCCUUGAACUAUCAGCUUGUUUUGAUGAUGAGUUUACAUGUACUAUUGAUGGAAAAUGUGUAGAUAUUGAGAAACGUUGUGACAAAUAUCCAAACUGUAAAGAUUUUUCGGAUGAAAUCGGAUGUGACGUGAUUUUACCGCUGGAAAACUAUAAUAAAGAUUUUCCUCCAAUAGAGAUUAAUAAAGACAAUUCAUAUAAACGUCUUCAGGUUCACAUUGGAAUUGAAAUAUCCGCAAUUCUGUCCAUCAAUGAGGUUGAACAAUCGUUUGAGACCAGGUUUCAAUUGACACUUCGUUGGAAGGAUUUUCGUCUAGCAUAUCAGUAUUUAAAGAAUGACUCUAAUUUAAAUACCCUCGCUCAAUCAGAGGUGGAGAAACUCUGGCUUCCUAGGGUAAUUUUUCUAAACACUAAAGCUCGAAUGUUGAGUAAUAUCGAUGAAAGUUCGUUUAUCACCGUUCAACGAAACGAGGAACCCGUUUACAGCGCUUUGUCUAGCCUGGAGAAUGUUGAUCUGUUUACUGGUCAAGGGAAUUAUCUCGUUUUAUCCAGCGGAUAUAAUAUUAAUUGGAUUUGUAAUUAUCAAAUGCAAAUGUAUCCUUUUGAUACUCAGAUCUGCAGUAUGGAGUUCAGGGCAGAAGGAAAUACAAGAAUAAAUGUUGAAGUUGUGAUGGACUAUCUGAGAUAUUUGGGCCCUCAAGAUUUGACUCAAUAUUUUAUACGGCGGACAAAUAUUACAAUAAGACCUGAGGAUGAGGCAGUAGUUGUACAAAUAACCCUAGGAAGACGACUUUUAGGAACUAUUCUGACUGUUUAUAUUCCAACCUUGCUAAUGAUGCUGAUAUCCCAGUCGACAAACUACUUUAAACCAUUCUUUUUUGAGGCAAUAGUAACUGUUAACCUCACUGUUAUGCUUGUACUCGCAACCAUGUUUUUACAAAUAUCUGGGAGUCUACCUGCCACCUCGUAUAUUAAAAUGGUGGAUUUAUGGUUGAUCUUCAAUUUAUGCAUUCCCUUCGUUCUGGUUAUAAUGCACACCUAUAUAGACUAUCUCAGGUCGGAUGCUGACAGGCUGGUCAAUCAUCAUGGUAGAAUGGAGGAAGUAAAAGGAGAGAAGAAUAAUGAAGAACAAAAAGAUAAAACUGUAAAUGUGUCCAAAAUAACAAAACCCAGGGUGGGAAGCGCCAAGAAUGGCUGGAUGUCUCCCCAAGAUUUUGUGGCAGAUUUUAACGGUGGAUUAGUGUCAACAGAUGAAAGAUCCCAGGAUAAAGCGUUGAUGAAAUACUACAAUAUGCUUAGUAAAAUGAGUACUAAUAUGAAGGCUACCAAGUUCAAGAUAUGUAUGUGGUUUGUUCAUUGGGGAGUUCCUCUGAUAGCUUUGGUUCUGUGCUGUGUAUACUGGUAUAUUGGAAUAUUCAGCUACUUUGAACUCCUCUAAACUUUAAUAGAAAUAUAUUUUUUUCUUUA